AUGGAUUAAAAUAGAUAUAUUUAUUUUAGAAAUCUACAAGAUAAAGUAGAUGAGGAUUUUAUUGGAAAAUAAAUACAGUUUUAUGGAACUUUUCUUGAUCCUGGGAUUUCAGGGAUAUAAAUGUAGAUAUAGCAUGGUUAGAAGUAUUGUUCCAUUUAAUUCAGAAACAUUAAAGAAUCAGAAACAGCAUAAUAUAUAGAUCCUAUUAAUUCUUAAGUGAAGCCAAUCAAAUUAAAAGUGAAAGAUUAUGAAAUUAAUUCAGGUAUUGAAGGAGAAAGGGGAAGUACCCAAAGAUUUAAAAUCAAGGAAUAGAUUAAAAUUUCAAUUACAUUUUUAGAGACAUAAAACACGUUUUUAACGGUUUUGCCUACUAGAUAUUAGAAACUGAUUAGUAAUUGGAAGUAGAAUGUUGAAAGUUAAGAGAAGAUUGAUCAAUUAAUAACUCUAUUAUAUUGGGAGGAAGUGAGUAGUUUUGUUGUUAUUAAUAAUGCAGUGAGAAUCAAAAAUAUUAAAAAUGAUUAAGAAUAUCGUUCUGUCGUGUUAUUUUGA